ACUGAGAGCACGCCAUAUUUAAACCUGCGCUUGUAUUUGCAUAUUGUUGAUUAUUCGAUAUUAGCGACUUUCCAAAAGCGCCGCACUCGGGCUUUGAAAUCGUGAUGAGUACAGUGAGUAUAUAGAGUAACACAAGUUAAGUGUUGAGGUUAUACGGCUUUGGAAAAUAGUGUUUUAAAUUUAAUCAUCAAUCAUAACUUGAAAAACAAGUGAUUUUGAUACCGCAAUGAAUACUAUUUCGAUGGAGGAAGAGAAGAAGAUCUUCAACUUUUUAAAAUCACAAGGUUGCUGCUUGAGAUGUUGCUUGCGUUUUAUUGGAUAUCGUAUGUCAGACUGUUAUAGCAAUCCCCUGGAAUUUGCGGCACGAAUGAAUUACAUCGAUGAUAAAGAUGAUUCUUCCAAAACACCUUGCAUUGCAUGUUUAGGAAUCCUUCAGGAUAAAACACAGGAAAACGUAAUUACAAAAGUAGUAGAAGAAGUAAAGAAAAAAGAUUACGACUGUGCAACUUUUAUUUGUGCACUGACUGUUCCUGUGUCAAUUAAACUUCGAGAACACAUACUGUAUGCUUAUGUGUCCAAAGAGACGGGUACACAUGAAUCUAUUACAAGUGCUCUUAGAACAAAACUACAAAAUGUCAAAGAUACUUGGAAAUCGUUUAUGAUUUCAAAACUUGAACAAGCCAUGGAAAAACAUGCAGAUUUGUCAACACCGUCACCUUUUCUCAUUGAGAUAUUUUUAUCAUAUGGUGAUGAUGAGAUAAUAUUUCAAGAACUAAUAAACAAACACAAAGGAAGCAAUAAGCAAACAAAAAGAAAAUGCAAUGAUAAUAUAUUUAGUAGAAAAAAUUUAGAAACUUUGCUAAGUGAGAUAACAGAUGAACAAUUUAUAGACUAUUUUAAAAUCUCACAAAUCAUAUCGAAAACAUUUGUUCACGUGAAUGACGUUCUAUGUUCUCAUAGCAGUAUUUUUAUAGGAGGACGUUAUAACAAAUUCUCGAGAGAACUCAGUCAGACCCCAUGGUUCAUAAAUGGCGAAAAAAAAGUGGAAACAUCAGUGCAGGAUUUGCUAUGCAAUUCUAUUGCAGAAACUGUGAAAGCGGAAUCAAUAAAAUUCUUAUCAUCGGGACGAGAAGACGUCGAUGUCAGAAAUGUAUACAGCGGCCGACCAUUCGCAGUUGAAUUGCUGAAUCCACGCAUGACGAAUAUCACGAGCGAUCUUUUGACGCACUUAGCUGCUAGCAUCAAUCAAUCAACUAAACAAGUACAAAUAACAUCAGGUUUAAAAGUUCUUUCGAGGCUCGAUUUGAAGAAACUCAAAGAAGGUGAGAACGCUAAAACCAAGUUUUAUCGAGCAUUAUGCGUUUGUGAAGGCGUAAACGGCAGUUUGCCGCAACUAGAAAAUCUCAAUAAAUUGAAAAACAUCAAAAUCGUACAGAGAACACCAGUGAGAGUGUUGCACAGACGGCCAUUGAGCCCGCGAACGCGUGUUAUUUACGAGAUGCGUGCGCGCUGGGCGAAACCGCAUGAACUAAAGAAGUUGCAUACCGCCGCCGAAAGUGUCGACGUGUUUUUCGUUCUCGAUGUCAAGACGCAAGCGGGUACAUACGUGAAGGAAUUUGUGCACGGUGAUUUUGGCAGGACCAAGCCGAGUUUGUCCGAUUUUCUUAACGUUGAUGUGGAUAUCAUCGCAUUGGAUGUUACGGGCAUCAACUUGAAAUGGCCCUAAUGCAGUUCGUAUUUUCGAUAUAAAUUUGUAUUUAACUAUAGAACUAUAUCUAAUAAAAUCGUCAAACGUAAAAGCUA